ACUUGAAGAUAACUACUAUGACAGUGUUCUUCAUCAUCGUCGUGGUCUUUUUCUUCUUUCUUGUCUUCAGAUUCAUCUACAGUUAUCUAUGGGUUCCUUGGAGAAUCCAAUCUCACUUCAAGAAGCAGAACGUGACGGGUCCUCGUUACCGUGUCUUCACCGGAAACUCCGGCGAGGUGAGCCGAUUAACGGCGGAGGCGAAAGCAAAGCCGAUUCCUUCCGGGAACAAUCCUCAUGAGUUCGUCCACCGUGUGGCGCCUCACUACCACGAGUGGUCACGUGCCUACGGGAAGACGUUUCUCUACUGGUUCGGGUCGAAACCGGUGGUGGCAACGUCGGAUCCGAGUCUCAUCCGAGAAGCUUUAACGACGGGUGGGUCGUUUGAUCGAAUCGGGCAUAACCCUUUGUCUAAGCUGCUCUAUGCUCAGGGUCUUCCUGGUCUUAGAGGUGAUCAAUGGGCUUUCCAUAGAAGAAUCGCCAAACAAGCUUUUACAACGGAGAAACUCAAGAGGUGGGUGCCACAAAUGGUGACUAGUACUAUGGUGUUUUUGGAGAAAUGGGAGGAGAUGAGAAACGGAGAAGAAGAGAUUGAGUUAGAGGUACACAAAGAGAUGCACGAUUUGUCUGUAGAUAUGUUAUCAAGAACAGCUUUUGGGAACAGCGUGGAGGAAGGGAAAGAAAUCUUUGCGCUGCAGGAGCGUAUGAUGCGUCUUUUCUAUCUGGUUCGAUGGAGCGUUUAUAUCCCCGGGUUCAGAUUCUUUCCUUCGAAGACUAAUAAAGAGAUGUGGAGGAUCGAGAAACAAAUCCGUGGUUCUAUCCUGAAACUUGUAGAAAGCAACAAAACAACAGCUGUUGAGAAAUCAGGAACUAUGCUUCAGGCUUUUAUGUCUUCUUACACGAAUCAGAAUGGUCAAGAAGAGAAGCUUGGGAUUGAAGAAGUCAUUGACGAAUGCAAAACCUUCUACUUUGCAGCUAAGGAAACAACUGGUAACCUUCUGACGUUUGUUUUAGUUCUCUUAGCUAUGCACCAAGAAUGGCAAAACAUUGCUCGGGAAGAAGUCAUACGCGUCCUCGGACCAACCGGGUUUCCUACUCUAGACGUCUUACAAGAUCUCAAGGCUCUAAGUAUGAUAAUCAACGAGACUCUCCGGCUCUACCCUCCAGCAAUGACACUAAACCGUGACACACUUAGGAGAGCUAAGCUCGGAAACCUUGACAUUCCUGCAGGAACUCAAAUAUAUCUAUCAGUGGUAGCGAUGCACCACGACAAAGAAACAUGGGGAAACGACGCAGAGGAGUUUAAUCCGUGUAGGUUUGAAGAUCCUAAGAAACAAUCAGCUCUGCUUGUACCGUUUGGGUUAGGGCCUAGGACUUGCGUGGGACAGAAUCUUGCUGUGAAUGAGACCAAAGCUGUUCUGGCUACGAUCUUGAAGCAUUACAGUUUCAGGUUGUCUCCAAGUUAUGCCCACGCUCCUGUUUUGUUUGUGACUUUGCAGCCUCAAAAUGGUGCUCAUCUUCUCUUCACUAGGAUUUCAAGUUAAAAAUACUACCAAGACUGGUCGGUAUUAUAGUUUCCGGUUUGAUCCGGUUAAUGUGGGAUUUAAAUUUACUCAUUUAAUGUACUUCAGUUUGGUAAUUUUGUUUUCGCCCCUGAAUGAAAAGGCUAAAAUGGUCAGAGCAUACAAUUAUUAUCAACCCAUUUAUCUUCUUCCUCCAAACUCACUAAGACUCAACGAAACACGCACUCAAGGUGUUCGACAAAAGUCCGCACAGAGAUUAUAACACUCUAGGAGAUGCCACUAGAACCGAUUAGGUUCUUGAGAACCAGCGUUGGCGUAAUUGUUGGCGGGUUUGUGAUCAUAAGCGCUGUUUCGUCAGCAGCUAUAGGAGCAUUUCGAUAUACAAUUGAAGAGAAACGCAAGAGAAACGGAUUGGCUUGUAGAGUUUGUCGUGGAAAAGGGUUUUACAUAUGUAAAUUAUGCAAAGGAAACGCAACGAUUAGAUGGUCACCGUUGUACGAUCCAGUUUGUAUCAAUCCAUGUCUUUGCCCUACUUGCGAUGGUCAAAGGAUACAACGAUGUCUCAACUGCUUAGGAAAGGAGUACUGUUAGAUAUCCAUUAGGCUUUAUGAUUUGAUCAUCUUUGUGCUUUUGAAACCUAACUGUUUGGUUUUGGUACGAUUUUUGUUGUUGAAUAGUGUGGAUUUGAGGUGGAAAUGAUAAAUAAGUGGUACUGCUUUUUUAUUUUCGUAAUAAAUUUGGUUGUGCUGAGUUUGGCAAUUCUGCCUAAA